CAAUCCACAAAUCACAACCAACGCAAAGAUAAUUUCAAGCCUUCCAAUUGUUCACUGAGUUCUUCUCUUUCAGCUCUUUCAUCACCACAAGUUCAAAAUCCAGCCAAAGAAAGCACCAUGGGUAUUGGGUUGCCAGGCAACAUUGCUAACCGAAUUCUUCGACGAUCCGGUUCUGGUGGCUUAAGCAAAUCGUCGUCGUCGAGGUUUCCAGAUGUUCCGAAGGGUCACUUGGCAGUUUAUGUGGGAGAAUCACAGAGGAAGCGGUUUGUAGUACCAGUGUCGUAUUUGAGCCAACCUUCGUUUCAAGAUCUGUUGAGUAUGGCUGAAGAUGAGUUUGGUUUUGACCAUCCAAUGGGCGGCUUGACAAUUCCAUGCCGGGAAGAAACUUUCAUUUCAGUGACUUCGAACCUGAGUUGAUUGAAGGAAUGGAGAUGAUGAAGCACCAUUUUUGUAUAGAUACACGAUAGAGGAAUUGUACAUGUACUACUAGAGAUCUCUUUUUUAGCCGCAAGAAGCUUUUGUGGGAAGCCAAUAUUGAAUGGAAAAGCUCUUCUCUUACAAACACUGGAAUGAGCUGGAGCAGUAAUUUUGUAUGACAGACAUCUCUGCACAACGACAGAACUCGGCAUAAAUUCGUAAUAGUUGUUGUCAUAACACUUGGUAUGGAUGCUCUAAGAGAAGCAAUUAAGAAGGUAAACUAGGCGGCAGUUAACAAGUAACUGUAAGAUCAAGCAGGCAAAAUUGAACAAAGGUAACUAUUCUUUAAAAUAUAAAAGUUGGGUACACUUUAUUGGCCCAAUUGUUUUGCUGCUAUUUCAUUUUCUGGUGCAAUGAGAGUCCCAUUCUUUCUCACAACCGGCUCUCCACGCAAUUGUUGCCAUCUUCCCCUCUUCACAAUCGACAACGCCUUACCUCCUUCGAAUCAGUAUACCAGUCACAUCUCUGAUUUGCUUUCAGUUCUCACCAUCCCUCAAUUGCACCCCCACCAUCCCUUUUUUUUUCCCGCCAACUAGCUCUCCGUGACAAAUCCUUCUCCCAUACUCAAUCCUCCCAUAUCACAUCGCUGUUGAUUUUCUUUCACAAUAUCAUCCUUCCAUCCCUCUAUACAAUCAGUCUUUUCUCCCAUCUCCCCACCAUCCUCCAACUCUCAUUCACAAUCCAAUCUUUUCUGAUUUUCCUCUCUCCUUCGACUCCAGCCACUCAGCGAAAAACAGAGGCACCGGGGAGGACCGGGUACAAGGACCAUUGAUUUUUCAACAGGUGAUCAACGCAAGUUCGAUUCUUUCAGCUGUCGCAGAAUAGAUCCAGACAAAAUCAUAGAUGUUAGCAGCACCAUGCAUAGAUUCUUUCUGCUUUCCUUGCUCUAGCCCCGCAACAGCAGCUACGGCGAAGUUGUCGGGAUUUUCACUUCUCAGGAAUAUGGCCACGGAGUUAUGGUAUGGUUUUCACUUUGUACUAUCAUUCGUUUUGCUUGCUUGGCCUUUUGUUUCCUCUCUUUUAUCCAUAUCUACGCCGCUCGAGUUUUUAGUGGUCUGGUGGCUAUUUGAUGUCCUUGCCUGUCGUGUUUGGGUUUCAGUUGUGGGCCAAUUGGUCGCCGACCUACAGUGCGGGACGGACAGCGAGACACAAACAGGAACGGUUGUUGUUUCCGCUGAUUGAUUCCGCUUGGGUAGUUGCUUACCCUUGCUGCAUUUCGUCAAAUCGUGUCUUAGGGUUGGUGUGCCUGGGUACUGUGAUCUACAGAUUGCUUUGCAGACAUAAAACUGAGUCCCUUUCCAUGUUGCAAAGGAGCUUGAUUUGAAUGUUAUGUUGCUUAAAGUAAUCGGCUCUUUUAUAAUUACUUACAGUGGACCAUUGGGUGCUUCCUAAAUCACAUAACACAAAAUAAGUUAUAAACAAUACAUAUAGUGAGUUCCAGGCUACAACUCAAUCUGUACCUUAUUACUCAUACCAUGACCAUACUUUCCUCUGUGAUAUUUUUCCAUGGGCUGUAGGUAAUUCGAUUAGCCAUUAACCUUAUAGUCUACUUUUGACGUGUUUGGGAGCUGCAACGAUGGAGAGGAAGUACCUUAGGAUUCUGCUACUUUCGCACAAACAGAAAUACGAGCUGCAGGAUGCAAUUUCUGACGACAAAGAAAAGGUAAAAAUCGUGUUGCUUACAAUUCAAUUUUAGUUGAGGCAAGAGCAACACUCAAAUAAGCUUAUUGCAUAAGUGAUUUGUACAUAUGUGUUUAAUUGAGAUGCCAGUAUGUAUAAGUAACUUUGUCUUUACCACUCUUGGAUCAGAGUACUUGAAUUACAUAUGUCUUAUUCAUCAGAGUAUUAGCUCAAGCAACUAUUUUCCUGCUACUACUGAAUCAACGAGGUUCAAUUUUCCAUACUUGGAUUGAAGCCAUUAUAUGUGAAGUCUAGGAGGUCAGUAGGAAGGUGGAGAUUUAUGAGAUUAUGCAAGCCAAGAAGGUUAGCAGGAAGGUGGAGAUUGCAGAUGGAAGGACAAGCAAAGAAAGAAUAGGUGAAGAGAUCCAAGGUUGAACUCGGAUAUGCAAAACUAUAAGUUUAUGUUGCUGCAAAUUUGGCGAGAAAAAAAUAUACAUGUUGGUAUGCAUGGUAGAACCUUCAGAGAUUUUUAAGGUUUCAGUAGGAAAGUCUUAGAUAUGGGAGUUUGUAUAUGUUGAGUAGAACUAUGUCAACAAGUUGGAUUUGGUAAGGAACUCUUAAGACAUUGCUUUGAGUUAGUAUCCCAAGUCUCGAGUAGAACUAUGUCAACAAGUUGGUUUCGGUGAGAAACUCUUAGUGUAUGCUUAUUAUUUGGCUAUUCAUUGGAUCAAUAUGAAGAUUGUUAUUCAAUGUUGCAUAUAUCUUUUCAGUAGUUAAUCAUGAACCCAUUAAAAUGAUGGUACAAAAUUUUCGGCGGGAUUGAAUUUCUACAGCCGUAGUCUCUCAUGCUGUUGUGACGUAGAAUAUAUUCCUAUGUUGAUU